GGCGCGAGGCAGUCGUUGCUACGUACAGUGGUUGACCAGCAGUCAAAAAAAUCAUUUUACGAGGCCAGAUACACAGACACACAGACAAAUCACGCAAUGGCUGAUCAGUUGACAGAAGAGCAGAUUGCUGAGUUCAAGGAGGCUUUCUCCCUGUUCGAUAAGGAUGGAGAUGGUACCAUCACCACCAAGGAGUUGGGCACGGUCAUGCGCUCGCUGGGCCAGAACCCCACUGAGGCAGAGCUGCAGGACAUGAUCAACGAGGUGGAUGCUGACGGGAACGGCACGAUCGACUUCCCAGAGUUCCUCACCAUGAUGGCCAGGAAGAUGAAGGACACAGACAGCGAGGAGGAGAUCAGAGAAGCCUUCCGUGUGUUUGACAAGGACGGCAACGGCUACAUCAGUGCUGCUGAGCUGCGUCACGUGAUGACCAACUUGGGGGAGAAGCUGACCGAUGAAGAAGUGGACGAGAUGAUCCGGGAGGCUGACAUUGAUGGAGACGGACAGGUCAACUACGAAGAGUUCGUACAGAUGAUGACAGCGAAAUAGAGCCGGCAGCCGAAAGGACUGAAGCAGACCAAACAGUGGGCCCAAACACCCUCCACUGUCCUCAUCUUCUCCACCUACAGCCCAUGUUCUCUCUCUCUCUCUCUCUCUCUCUCUCUCUCUCUCUCUCUCUCUCUCUCUCUCUGCCUCUCUCUCCUUCUCUUCCUCCUCUCUCCUCCACACCUUCCCAAAGAGCGCCCAGUCUUUUCUGUUCAUCCGUGUUGCUUUUGGUUGCCCCCUUCCAUCUGAUCUCCCCCCACUCCCCAACCUCCUCCUGCUUAAUCUCCUCGUGCCGCUGAUCUCGCUCAGGCCACCAGUGGCCCGGAACCCACCCGCCUCUGGCGCAGAUCCCUCCAGAUCUCCACCAGAAUCAGCCUGCUACAUUUUGGAUUACGUUAGAAUGUUGUUUCAUACAUCAACACAAAAUUGCUUUUAGUAUGUAGGAUUUUCUUUUCUUUUAUUCUUUUUUUUUUUUACAUCCUCCAAAUUGGUUUUAAACAUUUCCCAUAAAGACAGAUGUAACUUGUGCAAUGAUCAAACCUGAAAUAUUUAUAUAUGAAUCUAUACACACAAGCAUAUAAAUAUAUGUAUAGUGGAGGUGUUGAGCAACCAAUAUUUUUCAAGCGUGAUGUACAUGGACAAGAGCAAUGCAUGCUUUAUUAUUAUUCUCUUGUUUCUUUUUUCUCUCUCCAGUAAGCAUGUUUCUGUGCUUUUUUGCCUGCCUGUGAAUUCUCUCCCUCUCUUUCCCUGCCUGUUUGUUCUCUCUCUCUCCGUGCUUCCCUCUCUCUGUCACUCUAAAUACUCUUUGUCACGUUUCCAACUCCCUUCCAAACAGUUCAGACCGCGAUAGACGGACAUGGGUAACUGCACACCUAGCCUGUCCUCUCCCAUCUUUGCCAUCACACUCCCUUGCGUAAUGUCCUAGAGUGUUUCAACGUCAUCUGUUCUUCAGGAGUCCCAAUACAUACAUGUUGCCAUUGGUAAAGGAGGUAUUGGGUGAUUGAACAGAGGUGGUUGGACUUCCAUCCAAGUCAGUGGCAUGUUCUUCGUCAGGGGUGUGAUGAGUGGGGGUCUGUGUGAGCCAGAGCCUCUAUGGGCUCCUCUAUUGGCUCCUCUUGCUCAGACUUCUUCAGGUCCCUCUGAAUCUGACACUGGACCCUUAUCACGUUCUUUGACAUACUGGUGACCCCCCCACCCCCCAACAGAUGGCCUGACAACCCUACAGCAUGCUCUGCCCUUUAAGUCUGUAGCAUGGUGUUGCAUCUCGGUGUCAUAUAAACGGUUAUAGUAGUGGGAUGGCUUUAGUGCUCCCUGCAGAGACAUGCAGUGAUGGCCGUUAACCUGUUGAGUGCUUUUUUACACAGACCCUCCAUUUGCUGCUCCUACUGUAGGUUCACCCUCGUUCUGUACCACUCUCUGAUGCACAGCUUCAGCUUGUGACCAUUCCUUCCUUUUCUCCAAAUUGAUCUGCGAUCAGGCGAUAUUGUCACUCUGGUCCCCAAUGCCAUGUUCUCGCACGCAACUAUACACUUCAAUGGGAUCAUCAUAGAAGCCUGAAAUGACACACAAUACAUGAGUUAACCAAAAUGCUUAUUUUAGUCAUACAGGAUCAACAAAAUGGCGAGCAAACUGGAGGUAUAUAUUUGGCACCAACCUAAUGUUAUGUAUACAAGUUGCACUGAGUUUCACAGGUUGUGUGUUCCCAACCAACCCACAGCUCCACUCUUGUCAUCUGUGGAUGUGUCAUUGCAGUCAAGACACACCAGACUGCCCUCUUGCGGUAAGAGUCUCUUGCAGUAAUAGCAAACAGUCGCCCCCACCCCCCCCCCCCCCAAACCUCCUUUCUGUCCUAGUUCAGCACUGCAUCCUCUCUCUCGUCUGUCUGAUGCCUGACUUGUGUGGGGAGCAGUUGAGGAUGCACACGGUCCAGCCCUGCUGAGCUCUGCAGAAUGGACGCCUAGUGGCGAACCCUGGAUCCUGCCCAUCGCAAGGCAUUAGAAGCACACCACAGGUCUUCGGUUACCAAUAGUUUACCUCUGGUGGUUGUGAACUUAACUUCCAGGAGCUGUCCCAACCUGAGGUGAUUAAUAUAACCAGCUGUUUACUGGACUGUCUGUGCUGCUCCUUUAGAAACUUAGAGGCCAUCAUGUCCGCUAUGAGCUUUCUCACUGAUGGGUCUAAUCUCCCCCUGCCCCAAGUCCUUGACAAUCCAACUUUGAAGAAUAAUUAGUAGAGAAGUAGUACAAGUAUAAAAAAAAUUGAUCUCCUUUUUUGGAGAAAUGAUAUUGUCUAGCUAAAUUUUUACGCUCGCCGUCUUAGGACGUGUGUUUUGAACCACUAGGUUUGAGCAGGGGAAAAAAAAGACUUUCAUUCAAAGUGUGCAGUCUUACAGCAACAAAAAGUUUACUUCUAUUUAUGUAUUUGGAGGUGGAAAUUCAAUCCUAUUUUAAACUGCUAAAAAUUGCAUGGAAGGGUAGUCGCUUAAUGAUGUGGAGCUUCUGUCAUUUUGAUUGCUAUAUCCUAGUGUGAAUCCACCAAAACAUCCCUUUUCCUCUGUCCUUUCUCCCUGUCUCUUCAGUGGCUCUCCUAGUGCUGUGACUGAAAUCUGAACCAGAUUUUUUUGUUGUGAAUGUUGUGUGAAUGUUUUUACUUCUUUUUUUGUGGCGUUCAUGGUGUUUGUCUCAGAUUUUAUACAGAAGCUGUUAAACCAGUUUGCCGUCCUUGUCCUGUCGGAGAGGGUAUGCAUUCCAUUGCAGAAGUCAUGUUGGUUUCUUGCUAAAAAAUAAAUAAAAAUAAACUCUUGGACCAGUGUUUCUAAA